UUAUUUUAUUUUAUUUUGAAGGAGGAGAUAAUAGAAAUCACAAGCUCGAGUUGCUAAAUCUGUGACCCCUGCAUAAUUGUGUACUUGCAAUCGAGUUCUUGCCUAGCAACUUCCCAUUCGUUUGUCACAUAUACUGAAAACGAAAGGAAGAAGAAGAAGAUUUCUUGUCCUAUGCAGGCUUAAAGGAGAGCAACAAGCAAGGAUUGAUGGGUAUUUCUCAAUCAUCUAUGUUCAUUCACCAAGAUAUUUUCUUUCAAUCUCUUCUUUCUCUUACGCCUCACUCUCACAACACAAGCUCUGUAGCUUGAAAACAUUCUCUCUCACCCUUUCUUCAAUUCUUUAAUUCAACCCAGAACUCACUUCAUCAAUCUCUAUCUUUUCUUAACCCUGAUUCGCUAUCCUGCCUUAGCUGUGCCACAUGGGAUUGGGGCUGAUUUCCAAAACGAGGAUACAGAAUUUCAAAGGGGACCAAUCCAAAUGGAAUCACACUUGGCUCUGAUUGAACAAUCGUUCAAUAGUUAUUACUCUAUCUGGGCACGAGAAGUUCUCGAUGAAUUGCCUGAAAGUUUUACCAUCACUGAUGCUUGCAUCUCUGACCACCCGAUUGUCUUCGCCAGCAGUGCGUUUUUGAAGAUGUCCGGCUAUUCUAAGGACGAGGUUAUAGGCCAAAAUGGAAGGAUUUUUCAGGGGCCUAAGACUAACCGAACAUCCGUCAUGGAAAUCCGCGAGGCGAUUCGGGAAGAGAGGGCGCUGCAGAUCAGUUUGUUGAAUUAUCGCAAAGACGGCACGCCGUUUUGGAUGCUGUUUCACAUGAGCCCUGUUUUCGGGAAGGAGGACGGGAGGGUCAUUCACUUUGUAGCGGUUCAGGUGCCGAUUUUGAGGAGAAAUAGGUUAAACGGGUCGAGUUUGAGUGAGGAAGGGUCCGGAUUUAGAGAGAUUGUGUUUGGUUCGUGUAGGAGAGAAGUUUGCUUGGAUUCCUUGGUGGAUUUGGGUCGGGUUUUGGCAUUGGAUUCGGAUACUAGAGGAUUAAAUAUUGAAGAGCCAUGUGAAGCUAGUGAGGCAGAGAAGCGAAAAGCAACAUUUGCGAUUAACCAUAUUUUGUCCGUGCUAACUCAAUAUAGCGAGUCAACUGGUAAAUUAGUGUGUGGAAAAAGAUGCAAAUUACCUGGAGCAACCGUUAUCAGCUCAUCUUUAAAUAUAUCUCUUGGUAGAAUCCAACAAAGCUUUGUAUUGACGGAUCCACAAUUGUCAGAUAUGCCUAUAGUUUAUGCCAGUGAUGCCUUCUUGAAAUUGACAGGUUAUGCUAGGGGUGAAGUGUUGGGGCGCAAUUGUAGAUUUUUAAGUGGAGUUGAAACAGAUUCCUCUGUUCUUGAGAAGAUAAAGAAAAGUAUUCAAGCUGAACAAGCAUGUACAGUACGUAUCUUAAAUUACAGGAAGAAUAAGAGUACAUUUUGGAACCUUCUUCACAUAUCACCUGUUCGUAAUGCUACUGGCAAGAUAGCAUACUAUGUGGGUGUCCAGAUUGAAGAAGGGUGUAAGAGCCAGGAGUGGCAUGGAUUGAACGCUGAGAUGAGGCAGCUUAGUUGCGUAGGUGCAGUGAGGGUAGCUGUAAGGAGUUCAUCAAUUGGUACUGGCUCCUCUAAGUAAUAGUAUAUAACUUCAAUAUUCUUUGAUGCUCUUUACCGGAUUUGAAAGAGAGAAUUAAUACUCACCCUGAGAUUCAACCAUCUCAUCUUGUAAAGUCUGGAAUUGGGGAAAUAGUUUGUUACCCUGAUGGUGACAUUGUCCAUAUAUAAAAAUAUCUUGAGGA